UAGAGGAAGAUUCUCUGCAGCUAGCCUAACCAACCUUCCUCUGCUUCUGCUCCCUGCGCGCACGCCACGGGAGGCAGGCGAGGCGACCACGCGCCCCGGCCCCGCUUGGCUUCCACACUCCCGUCCCGAGCCAUGGAUCCGCGCGGCCACCAGCCGCCGGAGGACGGCUUCUUCCACCCACGAGACGCCGACCCCAGUCUAAGGGCAGAGUGUAAAGCCCAAGGUCCGACUGCUGCGCGAAAGGUACAAAAGGCUGACCGCGAGAAGAUGCGAAGAGAUAAAUUAAACGAGCAGUUCCAGGAAUUGGGAAAUGCACUUGAUCCAGACCGUCCCAGGAAUGAUAAGGCAACUAUCCUUGGUGACACAUUCCAGAUGCUGAAAGAUUUAACUUCUCAGGUGAACAAGCUGAAAGCUGAAUACGCGUCCCUCUCCGAAGAAGCACAUGAGUUGACACAAGAAAAGAAUGAGCUUAGAGAUGAGAAAGCUUCAUUGAAGUCUGAAGUUGAUAAUUUGAAUAACCAGUAUCAGCAACGAAUGCGGGUGAUGUAUCCAUGGGUUGGAAUGGAGCCUUCCAUUGUCAUUGGGCCACCUCCGCCAUAUCCCUACCCAGUCCCAGUUCCUAUACCCUCUGGUGCUGUACCUAUGCAUCCACAACUGCAGGCAUACCCCUUCUUCCGAAGUCAAACUUCUGGAACCAUCCCAAAUCCAUGCACCCCUUACAUGGCAUAUACUCAGCCCUGUCAUCCUCCCACUGAUCUGCCAUCUAACCAAUUUAUUACUCCAGUUCAGCAUUCAAGUAGUCAUAGAUCUAACUCUCCUGCAAUAGACUGUGGAAGCAAGUCAUCUACGCUGCAGCAAGCAAGCUGCGGAGUGAGAAGCAGUGAUGUUGGUGACGUUGCAACUGACCUGGAGCUGAAAACUCCUGGUUCUUCAGCUCCUUCACAUUCAGUGAUUGCUAACAAGGAUUCCUCAGCUGACUUGAAAACAAAGAAGCAAUGCAUAAAUCAAAUUAAUGUUGGUACUCUCACAGAAGGCAGCAGUUCAAGCAGAUGCUCUUCCUGUGGCCCCCCAGAUGUCUCUAAUAGUGUUGGAGAUGGAUAAGUUCCUGAUGGCCAACUAUUAACAGUAUGAAAUGUAGAAAAGGAUAGAUUAAAAACCAUCUCUUCUAAGGUUGUGUUUGGUUGGGCUGAGGCUUUUGGCUUUUGAGCUGAAAAGCUGGCUUCUGUCUGGUGGUUUUUUCUAUUGAUUUUUUUAAUAAAUUUUUAACUUCUCAGCACAUCAAAAGUCAGAAAAACUCUAUUCAACCAGUUUCUCAGCUUUUAGUUCAUUUCCUCAGAAACUAGUUUUCAGUUUUUCAAAAGUCAGUUUCUAAAUAGCCUAUUUGGUUAGGCUUCUGACUUUUGAUAAGCAGAAGCCAGAAAAAGUUCAACCAAACAGGGUCUAACUUCCCUUCAGUCAGUAUAUAUGUGAUGUAAUUUGUUACCAUUUAAAAGUGCCCAGUUCUUAAUGUCAGGAUUGGACAAAUUGAGAGGCCUAUUGACUCAAUAGAUGUAUAGAACUGGUUAAAGAGAGCCGUAUCACUAUGUUUAUCAAGCCAGUUUGAAGAAAAAAGAGGAGAAGCGUAAAAAAGAAGAGAAACGUGGACAUCAGACUUCUAUGGCAAUUUGAAAGGAUUUCCAGGGUUAUGUGUGUCAUGCAUCGCCAAUUUCUUUAUUGAUAACGCCACUAUUUCCAUUGUACUAGUUCUUCGGGGAGUAGCAUUUUUACAUGAUUUGCUGUCACAAAUAAGUGAAUGACUCGAGGUUAACUAUAUUAUAUAUCUUGGCUUGAUCUACUUGCUGGGUCAACUAGAAGUUUGUACACCGAAAAUUAUACUAUUGCAUUGGAAUAUGUUCUCUGAGUGUUUGUUUUACAA